AGGAAGAGCCACUGUGGGUGCAGUUCAUCUUCGCUUGACGCUAAGUCGUCGAUAGUUCUUCAUCCUGGUAAAAAAAAAAAAAAAAAAAAACAGAUUUAAAAACACAUUUCUACGCGCUGAACCCGACCUUGUCGUUCUUACUCGGACUCUCCAGCAGCGUCUUCCUCACGAUGAGCUUCUUGUUUGGCAGUCGCUCAUCUAAGACCUUCAAGCCGAAGAAAAACAUCCCAGAAGGCUCGCGCCAGUAUGAGCUGCUCAAACACGCCGAGGCGACGCUGGGCAGCGGGAACCUGAGACAGGCGGUCAUGCUGCCGGAGGGAGAGGAUCUCAAUGAAUGGAUCGCUGUCAACACCGUGGACUUCUUCAACCAGAUCAACAUGCUGUAUGGCACCAUCACCGAGUUCUGCAAUGAGACCACCUGCCCUGUGAUGUCUGCAGGACCAAGGUAUGAGUAUCACUGGGCCGAUGGGACCAACAUUAAAAAGCCGAUCAAAUGCUCUGCGCCCAAGUACAUAGACUACUUGAUGACCUGGGUGCAGGAUCAGCUGGAUGACGAGACGCUCUUUCCUUCCAAGAUCGGAGUUCCUUUCCCCAAGAACUUCAUGUCUGUGGCCAAAACCAUCCUGAAGCGCCUGUUCAGGGUUUACGCUCACAUCUACCAUCAGCAUUUUGACUCUGUGAUUCAGCUCCAGGAGGAGGCUCACCUCAACACCUCCUUCAAGCACUUCAUUUUCUUCGUCCAGGAGUUCAACCUUAUCGACAGGCGGGAGCUUGCUCCUCUGCAGGACUUGAUCGAGAAGCUUGGAUCCAAGGACAGAUAGACUUUUUGUCGAGCAUAUUCUCCUUUUUUUGAUAACGGUUUUUCCUCUCCUUUUGCCCUUUUCUCUUUUUCUACCUCUGUGAUCUCUAGCUCAUCUUGUAAAGACAACCUGUGCAUUCUCUGCACUUCCUUAAUGUUUGUAUUGAACGUUUUCCUUUUAUUCUCUUCUGUUCUUUACAGAUUUUGAGCCUUUUUAGCCUCUCUGACUUGUAUACAAUAGAGUAGCAGAGAUAUUUUUUUCCCAGGACUGUGGAUAACGACUUCAGGAGCAAUCUACUGAAUUUUUAUAUUGGACCAAGGCGAGGGCGUUUGAAGUAAAAACAGCCUCUCUUUGUGGUGUUUGGGUUGUUUAAACACUUUUUGUUGACUCUGGGUUAUCAGAAUUGCAAUGAAUGACCAAACAUGUCAUUAUUGUUUUGUGUCUUUCUUUUGAGGAAAGAGGAGAGUAACAGGAAGGAUAAGCGAGCUCAUAGGGGAAUAAACCUGGUUUUGAGUGGGCUUUUGCACUUGUUUCAACACAACAAAUGAAGGCGUUUUUUUUUUUUUGUUUUUUUUGUUUUUGGUAACAUUGCUCCUGUUCAGAGCGUCCUUAAGUCACAGCUACCGGUAAAUGUAAAAAUGUUGGAUUGUUAUGAUUUGUUGCAAUAAUACCCUAUUAAAACCCACCAUCAUGCAACUAUUUUAGUUUUUAUGAGCAAUAUAGCGUUUCUGAAUGUGGUGAUGUGGUCACAGGUAAUUUUGAACGUUUACUCCUCAUCUAGAGCUUUAAACGUUUGUCAGGUUUAUCUAUUAACAGGAGCCUUAUUGUAGAAAUAAUGACAACAUAAUGAAGAUAUGACCUUUUUAGUUUUACUUGUUUUUCCCAAUGAGCUCUUAACCAUUUCUGUAUUUUUUUUAUACUUUUUCUCUCUUGGAUUGGAAAGUUAUGCGAUUAAUUUUUCCAUCUGUAUACCAGAGGAGGUUGUAGUUUAGCUUUUUUUUUUUUUUUAACUCUUAGUGGUCUUUGUUUCCUGUGAUAUUACCACAGUUAUUUGUUAGGCUUUACGCUGGCUACAGCAGCAGGUUCUGUCCAUAUAGCCGAUGAAGCUAAUUUUCAUGGUCUUCCAAAUGUUAAUCGAGAAAGUUGAUUGAUUACUGGCUUCACGUUUGGAUCUAAGCUUAGAUCAGUCUUGCAACCAAUUAUGAUCGCUCAAAUUAAUUGGAAAAAAACAAAACGGUGGAAUAUUUUCAUUUUUAUAAUUUACCAGUUUUGAUGAGAGGCUACAUCUCAAAGCUUAUGAUCACUUUAAUUGUAGUUUUAUACUCAUGCAGGUCCAGAAGUGGCAUGUCCACUCAUUAUCUUUCAGUGUAUAUCUGCCUCUGUAAGUUUUGCUUCAGCUCCAAAUGAUAUUUUUGAACUCCUGGUUACACAUUUACUAUAUAUAUUUUUUUGGACAAGGCAUACGAGGUGUGAGAGUUAGUUUUUUUUUUUUUAUAUUUCAAAGAUCUGGUCCAAUUAUUGGGUGGUGUUGGAGAUAAAUGUACCACAUUCAAAAAGUUUGCUGUAAAAAAAAUGUUGUUUUUUUCUUUCUUUUUCUGAACAAAAUUGUGCCUUACAAGGAAAUAAAAAUAUCUCAUGACAGUAUUGAUGGAUCAAAUGUUCAAUAAACAUCUAAAGGGUAA